AUGGAUCCCGCCAUCAUCGCCGCCCGCGACAAUGUCAUCCGCGCAGAGGUUGCAGAGCGCGAGGCCGAAUGUAUCCUCAUGGCCGCCCGCGAGAACCUCCUUGAGGCCCGCGAACAUGCUCUCCGACUCGAGCUCGAAGCGUCUGCCGCCAACCAGGCGCAAACAAUGUUCAACACCUUGACUUCGCACAACACCACCGCUUCAGGCACGGCGACGCCCGUGGCCGUCUCGGGCGUCCCGACAGAGGCCUACACAUUCCCAGUCGACAAGCUAAAGCGCCGACAAACCCGACCAGGCAAGACGCCAUUGGUCUUGGUGGCCUGCGGGUCGUUUUCUCCCAUCACCUUUCUCCACAUGCGCAUGUUCGAGAUGGCCUCGGACUUUGUACGCUUCAACACAGACUUUGAAGUUUGCGCCGGAUACCUGUCGCCCGUCAGUGACGCAUACAAGAAGGCGGGUCUUGCGCCGGGCCGUCACCGAGUCGAGAUGUGCUCGCGCGCGAUUGAAAGUUCGCCGUGGCUGAUGGUCGACCCUUUUGAGACGGUGAACUGCAACGAAAAGGGUGAGCCGGAAUAUGUGCCUACUGCCAAGGUGCUGCGACACUUUGACCACGAGAUCAACACGGUGCUGGGCGGCAUCGAGGGCACCGACGGGAAGAUGCACAAGGCCAAGAUUGCGCUUCUGGCCGGAGCCGAUCUGGUCAUGUCCAUGGGCGAGCCUGGUCUCUGGUCGCCAAUCGACUUGGGCGUGAUUCUCGGGCAGUAUGGUGCCUUCAUUGUGGAGCGCUCCGGGACGGAUAUCGAGUUGGCACUUUCGACCCUUAAGCAGUACGAGAAUAACAUCUGGGUUAUUGGUCAAGUGAUCCAGAACGAUAUCAGUUCGACCAAAGUCCGUCUAUUCUUGAAGAAGGACCUCAGCGUGCGGUAUCUGAUUCCAGAUCCGGUUGUAGAGUACAUCAACGAGCACCACUUGUACCAAGAAGGGCCGCCAAAGGAGAAGCAGGAGAAGAUCAAUGGGUCAAAGGACCCAGGGCCCGAAUCCUCCAAUGGCAAGCUCAUCAAGGGCUAAGUGAAGCCUUGGACAAGAUCGACAUGACGGGAAAUGAUGGUAUACGGCCGAACAAAAAGACAAGCGUCACCACACGACGAGACGACCAAACAACAGACGCCAGAUGCAGAGACUGCAUCACAUGCUCCUCCGCAAGAACAGGUACAGCGCAGAGCUAAUGAAUGAUGACGGACAAUGGCGCCGGGAGUUUUUCAUGACAUUUGGCGUGGGGAACUGUCUUGCCCAGUAGCGAAGGAAAAGGGGAUACACAAACACCAAGCAAGCAAGCGACUAGCGAGGGAGUUCAGUUCAGGGGUUUAGAGGAAGAGCGAAGGAAAGAUCAAAGUAAGGGAGUGUUGGUGGGCAACAUAUUUGACAAUAUCAUUUUACGGCGUUUAUGAUUAUAAUGGGAGGUGGGGAGGCGGCAAGAAAUUCUUUUAAGAAAGGUGUAGAGGGGUUGGGGAGGGUUUUUUAUUCUUUAAUUUUCUCUUUUGGAUAGAUUGGGGGAGGUCUUUUUUUUUUUGGUUUUUUUUUUUUUUUUUUGGCUUUUAGUUUAUGGCAUGGUGUGAUUCUCGCGCAACUUUGCGAGGGCAGUUAGAUGAGGGGAACCAUUUUUGCAUGGAUUAUGAGUAUUUUGAAGAAGUAUUUGAGCAGGGAAAUAUGA